AUGAACGAUAUGGCAAAACCUUUACCUACUCCUCCGACUGCUGAGGUCAGGAAGAGUCGAUCAAAUUCACCAAGAAAAGCCCAGGAAGCAAGCCUAAGUCCAAAUAAGAAUGUCAAUAGCGAAAAAAAUGGGCCUGAGUCAAAAUCAAGAAGCAAAAAUGAACGCGAUAAUGCCGAUGAUGAGGAAUUUGAGUUUUUUCACGAAUUUAGUCGGGAGAAAGUGAAAGGUGUGGUACAUGCAAUUACUGCUGAACUUAAGCAAAAAGGUCCAGAUAUUGAGUUUUUGAUGAUACCAUUUAGACCGGAACAAACGAAUGACAAAUUAUUGACAUUACUCAAUCAGUUAUUUCCUCUAGGAAACGGACAACCAGUCAAUGAAAAAAAACAAUUAAGAGUUAUAUCCAAAACUGAUGUCUGGACAUUAUUUCAGUGUUUGAAGUACAUUUGGUGCAGACUGCCAAAUUCAGAAGUCAUAGGCUGGAAAUCGUAUGUGGAAUUCAAGUACAGAGAAGAGGUUAAGAAAUUUCCACGAAAAUCAUUCUUGGAAAUUAUGCCUCAAUGUCUGGCUUCUCCAAAUCAUGCAUCAAUCGUUUACGAUUUUUUCGAUCUGAUUAUUUCAAUUUCGUCAAAUUCGAGAAUUAAUAAAAUGAGCGCAAGGAAAAUUUCAAAGAUGUGCGCAAUUUGGGCAUUUAGCAAACAAAAGCCAGGUUCCGAUGUUCAAGAUUAUGACUUUGAAUCAGGCGCUAUAAAGUCAUCUGCUCUCAACAAUUCCAUACAAGAUGGUUUAGACCAAUGGAUCCCUGGUUCAGAUGCCAUGUUCCAUCUACUCUUGGCAUUUUUGAGGAGCUUUGUUCCUCAAGAUCUCGAAUCUGCGAAGCUGCCACGUUCCCUAAAGGGUUUACUAUUCAAUAAUCAAUAUCCCCCCACGAAAUCAACAGCUUAUACAUCGGAGACAAUUUUAACCAUUCCCCUUGUAACUUUAAAAACAGACGCGUUUUCAAGAAAGCCUUGGCAAUUACUGGAACGUUGCAGCGAUCUUUUAGACUUCACCGACCAUGAUGCCUUUGAGGCAAGAGAAGAUUAUGCGUUAUUAAAAUCUCUAUUCAGGAAAAAAAAUACGGUAGAGGGAAUCAGCAAGAAAAUGUCCCAAGAAUCAAGAAGAUUGAUGAAGGCUAUGUCUACUAAACAUUCAACAUUUCAAGCAGGCUGGGCUCCUAGAAAAUGCAUAGAAAACAUGUCACAUUUCAAGGAAUACAUUGAAGUUAAGAGACUUGAUAUAGAUGAUUAUUUCAUAUGGACUUGGUUGUCAUCCCUUUCUUUUGAACAAACAUCUGAAAAGAAGAAAAUCUUUGGGAGAUCUAUUAUAUUAGAAUUCGAAUUUGACGGGUUUAAAAAAUGGGUAGUUUUUCAGGAAUGCGAUAUAACAUUAGAUUACAAUAAAAAGGGCCAAUUCAAGAAAAUGACAUCUGUAUCAUCACUACCAGGUGAAAAGGAGGAACCUCUUGCAGAUUCUGAAUUAGGAAAACAAUCUCUCUCCGAAUCACCUAUUAUAUCUCAAACAUACCAAAAAUUUCAAGCUGAGGUACCUCAACAAAGUACUUUUCUAAGAGACGCCUCAUCCGAUAGCCAGGGGAAAUAUCACACAGUUAUUAGUAGAGAUGCGUUGGCCAAAAACAAGCAUAACGUUAACUUGCAUUCGUUUGAGCAUAAAAUUUCUAAGUGGAAUCCUCUAAACAACCUAAGAAAGAAAAGUGGUAGUAGCUCAUCUUCAUUUGAUAACAAGGACAGGGACAAAGACACGAACACUUAUGAAGAAAUUCAUUCGAGCAAAAAUCAUAAAUCAAAAAGAGAAGAGCGCGUUUUAACAGAGUUCAGUACCCUCAAUCCGGCCGAAUAUCAAUUACCGGUUAUUGAAACUGAUGCAUCAACUUUCAAGAUUGAUAUACCCGAAUUAAUGUACGAGAUCGAUGAUAAUAAGGAAAAGAGGAACUUGCCUGUUCUAACAAGCGAAGAGUCCCCAACUUCGCCUAAAAAAGCCACUGGCUCAACUCUAGAGGAGUUGAAUAGUAUGGUUGAAGAAAUGAUGAUUGAUAAGCCAGAGGAUGUUAAAAUUUCUAUAAUUGAGGCAGAAACAUUUGAAUCAUUGACAAAGUUCGAUCAAUAUAAACCAACUAAUAUAACUGACGAGGAAAUACAAAGUAGCCAUUCAAGUGCCGUUCAUUCUUUGAAAUUAAGUACCAAUACAAACGAUUCUUAUGCUGACAGUUCGAAACUUACUACCGACGGAAAAUUGGUGGAACCGAGAAAGGUUUCUAUUCAGUCUAAUAUCGAUGACGAUUCAUCCUCAUACUAUUCUCCAAAUAUGAAUGAUAUACCGACGUCAAGAAUGCCAAGUCAACCCACAUAUCCCAAUUUUCAUUCGAAAAAAACAUUUACAAAUGAGCCUCACUUGGAGAUGUUACAAAGUAGAGAUGAUAUGUCCCAGCAAACAAUAUCAAACGCAUCAAAGAGAGCGCCUGUUGAACAAAAACCUUAUCAAAACAGUCGCACAAAGGGAGUGUCACCAGUAAGUGCGCCAGUUCCGUUUCCUUCAUAUCCCCCAGUCAGAUCUCCACAAUCUUCAAUGAAACCAACAGGAUUCAAGCAGAAUACCUUGAGUUCGCCAAUCGGUUCUAAGGAAUCUACUCAUCAUGUAAUAAAUCAACCACCUGCGGCGUAUCGAGAGCAACAUGGCUGUUUUCCUCGUUUAACAAACCAACGCCACUCUCCAAAUAGUGUUACUCCGCGAGAAUUAAAACCUAGGAAUUCACAAACAGGAGAUGUGCCUAUCCCACAACAAAUGCCACCAAUAAAAAAAGGGAUGUCGUACGCGUCAUCUACCAUACCAUCAUAUCAAACAAUGGAACGGACGAAUCCUCUCAUUCAACCUCAAAUGAAAAGUUGUCAGCCUCCUGUAAGUGCCUACAAAAUGAAUCAAUCACCACAUCAUAAAAAUAUGGAAAAUGCUUAUGGAAACGGCCGCUCCGGCAAUGCCCAGAUGCCUGAUGGAAGAUGGGGCAAUCAUCCACCACAAAUGGCGCCGGAAGGCGUUCGACCUAGCCAGUUUCAAAAUCCACAACAAUAUAUCAAUAGAUAUGCUCCUCAGGCUCAACCUGCAGUGCCAGCAGAAUACUAUAAUGGGCCACCACCCAAUAUGCGAGCACCUCCUAUGACGCCGCAUAUGAUUCCACCGCAGGAGCCAGUACGUUGUACAGCUGGUGCGAACAGACGUAGUUAUCCACAAAGCAUGAAGUCGAUUCCUCAUGCUGCGCCUACUCAACCUAUGGGAGUACCGAAUAGUGAGUUUUACCUACCAGAAGCUCCCCAAGGGAACAGACUACAUGGAAAUAUUAAUAAGAGGCAAGAGAGAAAGAAGCUGUACGAUAACAUCAGAAGCGGCAAUUUCGGCAUAUAG